AUGUUGAUACGCAAAGCAACACUUCUACAACUGUUAACCUUCUGGUUGUGCCAGAGGGUAAAUGGGUACGUGAUUCCCCGUGACUUGCCUCAUUCAGAGGAGUCGAUAGGAACACCGUAUCCUUACGAAGAUGACAAGGAUGAAGACGUGGAUUUCCACGUCAUGCUAUUCUCUUUGAUUACCAUGAUCAUCAUUUAUGUUCUCGUCAUUCUCGUUUACAUUGUCGUUAAGUUCGUCGUCACUAGAAUGUUGACGUCGAACAUUUCGAGGAUUUCAUUGUUAAACCGCACCGAAGUGGAGGAGUCCACCAGAACUAAUAAUGAAGGUACUGGCCGCAGUCGAAGAUCAACUAGAAGAGAUCAACGGUUCGAUUUGGAAAGCUUCUUGGAUGAUCCCGAGACUGUUAAGAGUAAACUAUCUCUUUUGAACCCUGAAGAGCAAUUUUAUUAUAAGCAAGGUGAAGAAUUCAUAAAGCAAAACCCACCUAUAAUCAUUCCACCAAAUAAUAACAACAAUUCUAAUGACAUUAGCACGACGGAUAGUAAUGCUGAGGAUGAUCCUAUCAUGAAUCAUCAAACAAAACAAUUCAUCGAAGAAGAAGGUGCUUCAGCAUGGGAAUUCCAAGCAGACCCAAACUUACCUAACGAUACCAUUCUCAUUGAAAAUAAAACUGAAAUUACAUUCUUAAAUUACAACUACGACGCUUCAGUAAUGACAAAUUUACCCAUCCCUUGCAUCAAUAGAGUUUAUUAUUGUGAAUUCAAAAUUUUUGAAUUGAAUAAUUCUCCAGAACAAACAAAUUUGAGCCCCAAUGAAGUCAUUUCCAUGGGGUUGGCCACUUCACCAUAUCCUUAUUUCCGGUUACCGGGGAGACAUCAUCAUUCCAUCGCAUAUGAUUCCAAUGGAGCCCGUCGCUUCAACGAUUCGUUCCCAUUAGAUCCUGAACUUGCCAAUCUGUUCCCUGUCUGUGAAAGAGGUGAUAUUAUUGGUGUUGGUUAUAGAACCAGAAGUGGGACUUUCUUCUUUACAAGAAAUGGGAAAAAGGUUAGUGAGAAAUCUAUAGGUGGUCAUAUUAAAGGUUGCAAAAUUAAAUAUCUUUACCCCAUAGUAGGGACUAACGUUCCUUGUAAAGUUCAUGUUAAUUUCGGAACGUAUGGUUUUGUUUACAUUGAAGCCAAUGUUAAGAAAUGGGGGUAUGCUAAAUCUCAUGGAUUAAAAGUACCUCCACCAUCGUACGAAGAAUAUGGAAAGGAUGCGUUAGUUGGAUCAUAUCAAGAUUUGGAGGAUGGAAUUAAUGAUGAAGAAGAAGAUUAUGAGGAUGAGGAGGAAGAAGAUGAAGAAGAAGAUUAUGACGAAGAAGAUGACAAUACUACAACGGAGACCGAUCCAUUAAGAGAUGAAUAUGGUCAAUUAUUGCCUCCUCCACCAGGUUUCGAAUUUAGUACUUCUCCUCUUUCCAAUUUUGGUCAAAAUGAAGAAGAAGACAUUAAUUUAAAUUCAUUGCCAUAUGACCCACCUAGAUAUUCACAAGACGUAAGCAACCGUACCAAUUCCUUCACAUUGGAUGAAGGUCGCAGUAAGGACUUCAUAGAGAAUGAUGCAUCGUGGGAUGAACAUGACGAUGAGGCAGAUUACGAGAGAACUACCAAUCAAUUACAAGGGUUGCUAGAGGACCAUGAAGAAGAGGAAGAGGAAGAAGAAUCUGAUAGAGAGGGUGUUAGUAAUGAGCAUGAUGCAUUAAUGGGCAGGAUUGAUUAA